AUACACAGGCAGGAAAAAGCUUUCUCGGAUGUACUUCUUCAUUUUACAUUUAAGCAUAGCUGAUCUCAUCACAGCGUUUCUCAGUGUGCUACCUCAACUGGCAUGGGAAGUCACUUUUAGAUUUAAGGGUGGCCCCAUCCUAUGCAAGCUAGUGAAGUACGGCCAAACUCUCGGCCCAUACCUGAGUUCAUACGUGCUCAUGGCCACAGCGAUUGACCGACACCAGGCUGUUUGCUAUCCAUUGACCUACUGUUCGUGGACCUCUAGGAGAUCGAAAGUCAUGGUCUACGUCGCAUGGUUCGUCAGUUUAGGCUUCUGCAUUCCUCAGGAGGAGUAUGUUACUGCAAUUCAUACAGCUCUAUCCGUGAGUCACUAG